AGAAAAAAUUGCCGUACAAAUGCCUAAAAACAUAGCUAGAAGAGCAAAAAUACAACUCGACGAAUGACAACUGCUAUUUUAAGAAUAUCUGGUAGACUAAUCAUCCCUUAAAUACAAGGUAAAUCAACGUCUGAAUAAUUUCAUACAGGCACAUGUAAUUCAGAUAGGUCAUUUUUAGCAUAGACCAUGAGAACUUGUUUAGUUAAUUGCUCAGUACGUUUUACCUAACUUAACUCACAGCUGUACCUACUGAAAUUACAAUUGCAGCUUUGUCGUCAUUAUUAGAAGCUGUUAUAUACAUAAUUAUUAUUUUUUUUUAUUUCAUUUGACAGUCAUAUUCUUUGUUUCGCCAAACCAUAGCAUCGUGAUAAUACAGAAUUUCAAUUAGAUAUAGGGUGAAAAGUAAGUAAGAAAUAAUUUAACAAAGGAAAGAAAACGUACGAUACAAAAUUAAAGGACUUACAUGUAAGUUAAAUCACAUUGUAUAUACUAAGAAGGAGAGGAGAAACGCACGUCCGCUUAAAGUUACGUAUGACAAAAAACUUGUAAUUUUUAAUAAAAAAGAUAAUUAUUCCUCGGUCAAAUAACGUUUAAGUUUUACUGUUUGACUCUUUAGGAGUUUUAUUUGUUUUCGGCUUAUGGAAGUCCUGCCUGUUGUUUUAAGAUUCAAAUACUGGGUUUGAUGGAAGAUCAUCGUUGCAGUUGGGAAAAAAGCAGGGACCGAAAACUGCAUUUUUUGCAAAUUUUCCUUGCCCACUAGUUUUUUGUUUGUUGCUUCCACGUUCUAGCUACUUUCUUGGCAGCAUUAUCUGCCCCUGAAUAUUGAGGAGCAAUCUGCUCGUAGGAUCUGUAGCUCUUCUUGGUCUUUCCUGAAGGCAAAAACGCAAAUGAACUUUGCUGAAAUCGAUAUAUCAACCAAUUUCAGUGAUAACUGAAGUUAAGUUUUCUCCAUAUGUUUUACAUAACAUGUUAUGUAGUUUCUUCAACUGCCUCGAUCUCGGAAUUUUUUAGCGGCAGUAUCUGCUCCUGAAUGUCUCAAGUGAAUCCUUGAUCUUAAUAUAAAAUCGCAAAUGAACCACCAAUUUCAUUGAUGACCGUUAUCUAAGUUUUUCUCAUAGUAGUAUUUUUGUUCCAAAUGCUAAGCAGUAAUGAAAUGACGGUUUUACACCAAAAUGUUGCUGAUACACAGGUUGCACGUUUAGAGGUCAUUAAGUUCGGAUAUCACAUGUGAUAACGGAGGGCCAAAUAUCGGUCGACGCUAAUUGCUGUCAUUGUUUCUAGGGAAACACAGCAGAGUUGAAUAAUGAGGAAGAUCAUUGCUUGUGACAGACGUGGGUAAGAACUGCUCCGAGAAAGCGGUGUAAGGGCGAUGGCAAUGUUAACUGGAGGAGCAAGAAUCCCAACAAAGAGAUCAGAAACAGCAGGACUGCACAGCAAAAUGGUAGACGGAGUGCAUAGGGAAGGAUUUCUCCAUACGGUGGCUAGUACCAAAACAUUGCCAGUGAUGCAUAUUGGUAUCAGUAGAGCAUUGAGGACACUAUUCGUUAUGAUUACAGAGGUCUCGAAAGGUGAGGAUAUCUUUGUCACUCUCCAACCCACCAGGCAUCAUAUCAACAGUAGAGUUUGCCAUCUCAAAUUUUUCAAUUCUGUCCCCUGUUUCUCUUCAAAGAAAAACUGCAUAUUAUUUUUUAUACUCUUUCACCUGGCAUCUUAUUAAAAUUACAACCAUCUUGCCAGCAUUUAAUUCUUUAACUUAUGUCUAAUAGGGCUUUUCAUUUAGGAGAAGUUAUACUUGAUCAUCUUUUAAAAUGGAAUUAAUGAUGAACGGUACCAAUUAAGUCAGCGCCCAUUUUCUAAUUGACCCCAUUUCACCAAUAGUUGUAUACCCCACUUGGUCAAACUUGCAAAUAUAUCAUGCCUAUCAAAUAAUUAAUUGCUUUAACCCAGUCACUUCGAUUCCAUAAACAGAAAGGACGUAAAAUUAAAAGAAAAGCUUCUUCUUUUCCCACUCCUAUAAUUUUCCCUUGCAUUUCGACCACACUAGUGACAAAGAAGACCAGAGCGACCAACAAGGAAGCAGGCCUGACACUAUGUAGAAUAAAUUAGUUUAGCAAUGAAAUCAAUUCAACAUAACCCAAAUAACCCCACACAGCACAAAAGUAUUGGAAGACAGCUGCUUCAGUCAUGCAUCCUUGUUUAUUUGGCCUUUUCUUUUCGUAUUUUUUGGCUGGCAAGAUAAAAUUGUAAAUGCUACUUUUACAAACAGCAAGUCCAGCCAUUCUUGACGUCGUACUUAUAGCGAUCUUGAAUAGUUUCUUCACUGUUAGGUUUAUAUGUUUAUAUGUGAACGUUUUCUCUCUCUCUGUAAGACCUAAGUCAUGGCGUGCCUGCACGAUAUUUCUUGUUCAUCCUUUUUUCUCUGCUGCAUUGGCCUUUUGAAGAACUUGGGGUGGGAUCAAACGUGAGGGGCAAACACACCAUUUACAUACAAAUUUAUUAA